AUGACCGCCCCUCAUUCUUCCGGUGCCGGUGUCGACUCCAACCGCAAACUCAUCUGGGCGAGCGUCUACCGCACCCUCCUCCAACACGCCCUUCCCGACGCGCGCUUCAACCAUGACUACAUGUCCUUCACCCCCGACUUCCGCGGCUCAGCGUCCGCCAUCGACCGCCUAACCACGCUCCCAUGCUACCAAUCCGCCGCCGUAAUCCUCAUCACACCCGACAACAGCCUCGAGCAACUACGAUGCCGGGCGCUGAAAGACGGAAAAAAAGUCCUCGUCGCUACAUACCGCCUACGCCGCGGUUUCGUCCUCUUACAUCCCGGGCAUAUAGCCGAGAGUAAAUACGAAAUCGCGGCUUGUCUAGACGGCAUGGAGAAGCCUGGGGUGGGGCGGUCGGUGUCGCUGGCGCAGAUGCGCGAUGAAGGACUAAGGGUGGAUAUGUGCGUCACGGGGGGUUUGGUGUUCAACGCGCAGGGCGUGACGAUCUGGGAAGGGCAUAAUCUAUUUGAGAUACAAUGGGCGAUGCUAUCGGACCUAGGUGUUUUACACACGCAGACACCUGUUGUGGCAGUCGUACAUGACUGUCAGGUCGUUGAUGAGAUAGCGCUGGGUGUGGAGAAAGUAACACCGAUGCGGAAGGGAGAGGUACAGUGUGACUUUGUUGUUACACCGGAUGCGAUGUAUGAGAUUGAGGGUGCGGUUAAACCUAGCGGGGGUGUAGACUUUGAUGCUGUAGAUCCGGAGGGCGUGGAGAAUAUUCCGCCGUUGCAGGAAUUGAGGGGGAUUAGGAUGAUGGAGAAGAUUAUGCAGAAGGAAGGGUUUGUAUCUGAGAAGGCAGAUGGGGAAGGGGAGGGUGAGGGGAAGAUGAGUGAGGAGGAGCAGAUGGGGGUUAGUAUUGUGGAGAAGCUGAUGCAGAGUUAUAGGGCGUAG